AUGAUUGAGUGGGUGGGCUCCGAGAUCAAUGUGGUGGGACCGCUGCAGAUCCCACCCAGCGAUGACUUCUCCAUCUCAGAGAGCACCCACUUCUUCGACAUACUGGCAGAUCAAGGCAGUCCUCUGCUGCAGGACCCUGACAUUUUAUCCUUCUCCAGUUAUCCCAGCAUGCAGUACCCGUCCAUGGAGCCAAACAUGUCCUCCACUCCAUACUACUCCUCACAGAACUAUUACCCUCCAUACACUGGAGACGAAUGGUACUCCCACACGGGGAUAUACGAACUGAGGAAGGGUCCGCUGGAGGGCAGUUAUUUGGCUGAUAUGGAGGAAGCAUCCCCAGUUGUGCCAGUUGGGUGCAAGAGGACCCGACACAUGACACAAGCUGGAAAGGUUAAAGGGGAGGAUCUGUGUGUUGUGUGUGGAGACAAGGCGUCUGGUUACCACUACAACGCUCUCACCUGUGAGGGAUGUAAAGGCUUCUUCAGGCGAAGCAUAACAAAGAACGCCGUGUACAAAUGCAAGAGCGGGGGAAACUGUGAGAUGGACAUGUACAUGCGCAGGAAAUGCCAGGAGUGCAGGCUGAGAAAGUGCAAAGAGAUGGGCAUGCUGGCAGAGUGCCUGCUGACGGAGAUCCAGUGUAAAUCCAAAAGGCUGCGUAAGAACACUAAGGCCUCCCCCGGACGGUCGACGGGCGACGAGACGGAGGCGGCGGACAACGCAGACAACAAACAGGUCACCUCAACCACCAAACUGUCGAAGGGAAAGGUUGAAAUCACCAAAGAGCAAGAAGCCCUCAUGAGACACAUCGUAGAGGCUUACAACAAACAUCAAAUCCCUCAAGACUUUACAAACAAACUGCUGCAAGAACAGUACAGCACAGAGGAAAACUUCCUGCUGCUGACCGAAAUCGCAACGAGCCAAGUUCAAGUGCUGGUCGAGUUCACCAAAAAUAUUCCAGGUUUUCUGUCUCUGGAUCACGAGGAUCAGAUCGCGCUGCUGAAGGGCUCGGCCGUGGAGGCCAUGUUUCUGCGUUCUGCUCAGGUUUUCAGGAGAAAGAUGCCCAAAGGACACACGGAGGUUCUGGAGGCGAGAAUACGCAAGAGUGGUAUAUCAGAAGAAUUUAUCACUCCCUUGUUUAACUUUUAUAAAAGCGUAGGUGAUCUCCACAUGGUGGAGGAGGAGCAGGCUCUGCUCACUGCCAUAACAAUCCUGACACCAGAUCGACCUUACGUGAAGGACCAGCAGGCUGUCGAGAGGCUGCAGGAGCCCAUGGUGGACAUUCUCAGGAAGUUGUGCAUUCUGCAGCAUCCCCAGGAUCCUCAGUACUUCGCUCGCCUCCUCGGUCGUCUGACGGAGCUGAGGACGCUAAACCACUACCACGCCGAGAUGCUCACGUCAUGGAGAGUGAACGACCAGAAAUUCACCCCUCUGCUGUGUGAGAUCUGGGACGUGCAGUGACCCAGGAUGAACGUUUGAGCUUUGAGAGCACGGCGGCUCCAGCAGGAGAGCAGGUUUACAGCAGAUGGUUUAUCUGACUUUUAUGAAUGGGUUAAAGGGGCAUUUGUGCAGAAGGUCAGCUUGUUUUCACCGUUCACACAGAUAUGAAGAUUUAUUAAACUUGAGAAACUGAUUAGUCAACGACACACUGGAACUUUGUC